GGCCGGGAAGAGCGGAGGGAAGGAAGGAAGCGGGGCCCGGACGCCGUGCCCGCGUGUCCCCGCCAGGGGGCGGUGGCGGCGCUGCCCGCGCCCCUUGGAAGGCGGUUGGCGCUGCUUACCCUGCCGGCUCCGCCAUGUCGCUGCCGCCGGAGAAAGCCUCGGAGCUGAAGCAGAUCAUCCACCAGCAGCUGCUCAAGAUGGAUGUCCAUGGGAGGAUACGAGAAGUUCUAGCUGAGACUAUACGGGAAGAGCUCGCACCUGAGCAUCAGCAGCUAUCCACAGAAGAUCUGAUAAAAGCCUUAAGACAACGAGGAAUCAUUGAUGAUGUUAUGAAGGAACUUAAAUUUGUAACUGAUGUGAAUGAAAAGGAGAGGACUUCAGCUCCAAAACCAUCAACACAUUUUGUUGACAGAGAACCACCAGUUCUGAAAAAAACAAACAUUGACCCAACACGAAGGUAUCUUUACCUUCAGGUUUUGGGUGGAAAGGCUUUUCUGGAACAUCUUCAGGAACCAGAGCCUCUGCCUGGCCAAAUCUGUUCCACCUUCACUCUGUGUUUACAUUUUCGAAACCAACGCUUCCGUUCUAAACCUGUACCCUGUGCCUGUGAGCCAGAUUUUCAGGAUGGUUUCUUACUUGAAGUACACAAGGAAAGCCUAGGUGAUGGAAGUAAAAUGGUGGAUGCAACUACUAUGUUAUCUAUAUGUGAUCCAGUGCACAUGGUUCUGAUCAAAACAGACACAUUUGGUGAGACCACACUAGUAGCAUCCUAUUUCUUGGAAUGGCGAUCUGUUUUGGCUGCAGAGAACGGCAUAACAAAUAUUGCUGUUGAACUCCUGGGUGUAGGUACAGAAUCAAGUGUUUCUGUUGGUGUUUUAAACAUCAGACUGGAAAUGUAUCCACAGCUAAAUAAGAUGCUGUCUUCAGAAAUAACAAGUACUCAAUUCACUUUGGAACGUCAGAAAACAGCAGAAAAAGAACGUUUAUUUCUUGUAUAUGCUAAGCAAUGGUGGAGAGAAUACCUGCAGAUUAGGCCUACACACAACGUAAGGCUAGUAAAGAUUUUUGCACAGGAUGAAAAUGGAGUGAACCGUCCGGUGUGUUCCUUUGUCAGACCACUCCGAGCAGGCCGGUUGCUGGACACACCUCGGCAGGCAGCACGGUUUGUCAGUGUCCUGGGUUAUGAGAGAGCUCCCGUCAUCGGAGGAGGGGGUGGCAAGCAAGAGCAGUGGUGCACCCUCCUCUCUUUUUUAUGCAGAAACAAGGGUGACUGCGAAGAUCAUUCUAACCUUCUGUGCAGUCUUCUUCUUGGGUUUGGAUUGGAAGCCUUUGUGUGUGUUGGAACAAAAGCAAAAGGAGUCCCUCACACUUGGGUAAUGACUCGUGGAACUGAUGGAACAAUCACUUUUUGGGAGAGCUUAACAGGACAUAGGUACAUCCACAGACCUGUCAACCCUGAUGACCCGCCGCUAGUUGAACAACCCAAGCCGCUGUAUCCUUAUCGCACAAUAGGUUGUGUCUUCAACCACCAGAAUUUCUUUGGGAAUUGUCAGCCCUCUGACGCUGUGGACGUCUGUGUGUUUGACCUGCACGAUGAAUCUAAAUGGAAACCCAUGAGUGGAGAAGCCAUAAAAUCCGUAUGCCCUCCUGGAGCAACAUCUUCAGUUCCCCCUUUUCCUCCUCUGUGUGCUUCUGCGAUAGAUGCUGCAGUAACAAGCAACGAGGUAGAAUUGCAGCUGAGAAUACUGGUCUCUGAACACAGAAAGGAUCUUGGCCUUUCUACUGUUUGGGAUGACCAGCUCUCCUAUGUGUUGUCACCAGCAUUAGCAGCCUAUGAGCUUGAACGCACAACAGGUGUUUCUGCAGGAAAUGAAGAGUUUCAAGAUGCCAUAAGAAGAGCAGUACCUGAUGGUCACACGUUCAAAGGGUUUCCUAUCCAUUUUGUACACAGAAAUGGCAGGAGAGCAUUUGCUACGUGUCUUCGGUCUCCUUUUUGUGAAGAAAUAAUCUGUUGCAGGGGAGACCAAGUGCGACUUGCAGUUCGUGUACGAGUGUUUACAUACCCUGAAUCUGCAUGUGCUGUUUGGAUCAUGUUUGCUUGUAAAUACCGCUCUGUCCUUUGAAAAAACCCGAAAUUAUUCAUACCUUUUCAGAUCUGCAAAAUAAUGCAUGUGGGUAUAAAGUUUUGCAAUUGAAAACUAGUAUUGUAUUUUAUAUAAAUGCCACUGAUUUUGAAUACCACAGUGUGUGUAUUGAAGGGGAUUGUGUACACAGUAAUGAUUGUAUUUAUAAAGAAAAUUUAUUAUUCUUUGCAAUAAAAGUUACUUUUCAUAAUUAUAGGGAAGUGGGUCAAUUUACUAAAAUGUGUGCAUAAAAUUCUGGCUUCUCUUUUGCAGUUCUGAAUUGGUGUGAGAGUUCAUUUAGAAAUAAAUCUGGUUUACCUCAGCAGAGUAAGCAACUCCAUUCUACCUCUCCUUUCCCUGUAGUCUCCACGGUAUACUUUGAGAGUGACUGAGAUCCAGUAAUACUGACAUUUAAGCAUAUGUGCUUUUUACAACAAAAAUUUAUUUGCGCUUCUGUUGGACACAGCAGUAACUUCUACAUUCAGCUUCUGAGAACAGUUCAGUCAGACACAGGUAAUCUUAUUAAUCUAUGAAUUUAGUAAUUUAUGGUUUUAUUUUUUAAAAUAUAUAUUAAGACUUGGAUACCUGAAGAUGUGAAUAGCUGUGAUGGGUUAGAUGAAGUGGUGCCUUUUUUCUGAUGUUAGCUUAGGAAGUUUCUGAGAUAGAAGUUGUAGCCAGACCAUUUUGCUUGGCAGCCAUUCGUGUUUUUGUCUAGUUCUGACACUCAAAUCUGAACUUAAUUACCCAUUUGUGGUUUUGUCUGUGUUAAACCUGUGGAUGAUGAUUUUGCUUAGUAUCUUUUAGUCUUCAUGCUUUGCGAAAUGGUAAGCAGUUGGACUUACUGAACAUCUCUAUAUCGUGCCUCUCAGAUUUUUCACCAUGUGGACUCCAGGAGACAGCCAUGAGGCUGGAAGAUCUGAAACUGUUUGGUUUCUUCUGUAGAAGCCAUUCUGUGUCUGUGAUAGCCCAUAACCACCUCCUUUCAUUCUACUUGUGUAAGAGAGAGACAACUCUUUCUGCUGGUGCUGGAGUAAAAAGAAUUAUUAACUAAUUCUAGAGAAGCUUGUAGCACAUACAGCAGGAGUGGAUGUUGGCAUUUUGUGUGUACAUUUAAUCAGCAGUGUGGUAGUGUGACACUGUUUUUGUUUUGUUUUUCAAGAAGUGUUAAAUACUGUAGCACUGGGGUUUUAACUUGGAGUUUUCGUAGUACAUUAUGUACUUACUGGCCCUGCUGCUAACUUUACAAAUCUGUUUUUGUGUUAUCUUUCUUUUUAUACCUUCAAAAUGUAUUCGUUUGCCUGUUA